GAGCUAGCUGUAACUGCAUUGCGGGAGGAGUUCGCAUAGUACCUGCUGCGUUCGCUGACUCCGUAGCUGCCUAAUGCGUCGCGCCUGAUCUGCCUUCGACUCUCCACCACAAGCAUUCGCUCACUGAACUUUGUAGUUUCACGACAUUCCACACGGUACACCUCCAGAGCAGUGAACUAUAAUCUCUUCCUGUACAUGUCCCUGAUUGCAGUGAAUCCUAUAUUCCGUUGCUACGCUACACUGUUCUCCGCCCAAGAGUCACUCCUCUCCGUUUGAUUUGGUCCUCUCUUCUUUCACCAUGCAACAAGGCUCGAUCCUUUCCUUUUUCAAGAAGUCAGGGUCCUCGCGGCCAGGCCAACCCUAUCCAGAUGCAUCCAGGGCGUCUUCCCAUUCCAGGCCAAAGUCGACCAAACAACACCGAGGCCCGGAUCGGCGUCGCAAUAUGGACCUCAAAAAGGUCGCAGACGAAACAAAAGCCGUCUUGCCCCAGAUCCUGGCCACCGAACCAAACUUCGACGCAACAGCAUCCUCGAUUCACGACCUUAAUGAUCUAGCGCCGCUCAACCCAAAGGACUGCCCGGGUUUCGUCCUACGGCAAGGAGAUGCAGAAGCGGGGAAGAAGGGGGCGCGGAUCAAAGUCUGGGACAUGGACACGUUCGAUGCAGCACUAAAACUGGAUCCAAACUACAAGAUGCACACCCACCUAGGAACACCAGGAGGAGACACAGACAACGAAUCAUCAGACACCGAGUCCACAAUCAGCGAAGACUUGAACGGCCCCCAACCAAGUGACAAGAUGGACACCAGCGGACCUCUCGACUCCUCAACCCAAAAAACCGCUACCAUAAACACCACCCCCACCACCCGCAAACCCGUCGCAGUCCUCAACCUAGCCUCAGAGCGUUCCCCGGGAGGCGGCUGGCAAAACGGCGCCCUAGCCCAAGAAGAAUGCCUCUGCUACCGCUCCACGCUCCCCCUCUCACUCCACAAAACCCACUACCCCCUCCCCCCCCUCUCCGCCCUCCACACCCCCUCCGUCCUCAUAAUCCGCUCCUCCAUGCCAAACGGCCACACCCUACUCACCCCCACCACCCCACCCGCCAACCUCCCCGUCGUAGCCGUAAUAAGCGUCGCCGCCCUCCGCCGCCCGGACCUCACGCCCGAUCGACUGAAGUUCGAGCACGACGUGCACCGCACGGCUACGAAGAAGAAGAUCCGCGUUUCGCUGCGCGUGGCGGCGUCAAAGGGCCAUACGAAACUUGUGCUCGGCGCGCUGGGGUGCGGCGUGUUUGGGAAUCCGCCUGGGGAGGUGGCGGCGUGCUUUUUGGAGGUUCUGCACGAGACGGAGUUUCAGGGCGGGUGGUGGGAGGAGGUUGUGUUUGCUGUGCUGGAUAAUGUGAAGGGUGGGGGGAAGGACGGGGAUGGGAAUUUUGGAUUCUUUUUUCGUGGGCUGGAUGGGCUGGUUGUGUAG